AUGAAAAAUGGCCGAACACAGAGGAAACACAUCCUGUUGUUUUGUAGUCUGUUUUGUGUUUUUCCUCUCUUUUAGACUUUGUAAUGGCGUUUUAUAUUCGUCAGCCGAUGAAAUGGUUCUUUUAGAAAACGAUACAAUCUCCAGUGUGAUUCAUAAUAGCCGAUCAGCUUGGGUGGUAGAAUUUUAUUCCAGUUUUUGCGGACACUGUCAUGCCUUCGCUCCGACAUGGAAAAAACUGGCAAAAAUGGCAAAAGACUGGAAGCAGCUUAUACAUGUUGCUGCAAUUGAUUGUGCUGAAGAACGUAAUUUAGCAACAUGUGUACAUUAUCAGAUAGAAGGUUAUCCUUCUGUAAAGUUUUUUAAUGCAUCUGCUCCAAGUUCUAAUCUAGGCAAAACAUUUACAGGAGAAAGAACACUUCUAGGUAUUCUUCAUGAAAUGGUCAAGGUUGCUGAAGUACAAAAAACACUUGACUUAAUUCGGGCAGAUGUGGAUUUUGUACCCAUAGGGAAAGAAUUUGUCUCCAGUUUUGUGGAAGGUAGAACAGCGUAUGAUGAGUUGGCCUUGAUUUUUGAGGUACCAACUUCAUACAUUGGUCGUGAGGUCAUGUUAGACAUGAUGAAAUGCCUUGGCUUGGGUGUCAGAAGAGUCUUGAGUCGAAAUAAAUUUUUGGUUGAGAAAUAUGCAAUAAAGAAAUUCCCUUCUCUUAUUGUGGUCAGUCGAAGAGGCACAUUUAAAGAACUUUCACAUGAUGAAAAGACACAUGCUAGCUACAAAAAGUCCCUUGAAGAGUUUUGUCCAGGAGUGAAGCCCUCUGUGGAGCUCCCAGAAAUCACUGAGGCUAUGACUCUGUACAAGAGGUUACAUGGAAAAGCAGAGAAAAGAAAGCAAGAAGCUGGAAGCAGUUCCGAGGUAUAUAUGCAAGACUUAGAAAGUGGAUUAUCUUUUAUGCUGAACGUUGAAGUGGCUACCAAGCCGAUAAUCCAGGGGAAUGAGUACUUGGCACUCAGGAACUUUAUUGGAAUGCUAGCCAAGUGUUUCCCUGGAAGACCAUCACUGGGCCAGGUAUUAAACAACAUACACGCCAAGUUACCUCUAACGCGGACGAACAUUUUCAGGUCGGAAUACUUGUACAAUGUGCAGCGAUCUCAGGCGAACGUGAAACUAGACGGUGGCUCAAACGCCCAUCCUCUACCCAAAAAGGUUAAAUGGGUGGCUUGUUCUGGUAGCAAGCCAGAGUACCGAGGCUACCCGUGUAGUUUAUGGACUUUAUUCCACACGCUCACCGUCAACUGCGGCUCAAGCCACCAACUUACAGGUCUGGAUGUUCUCUCUCGCAUUAGAGAGUUCAUCCGCUACUUCUUUAGCUGCGAGGAAUGUAGGAAACACUUCACGGCGAUGUCCGCUAAUCUUAGUAAAGAAGUCCAUUCGCACAACGAUGCAAUCCUAUGGCUGUGGCGGGGUCAUAACAAGGUGAAUGAUCGACUGGCUGGCGACCAAAGUGAAGAUCCGAAGCACCCCAAGAUUCAAUUUCCUUCUAAGGACCUUUGUGAGGAGUGUAGGGUUCCAGGCUCUGACGAUCACAACGUUCAGUGGAAUGAGGCGGUGGUGUUGGAAUUUUUGAAGAACCAUUACGGGGUGGACAAUAUCAGGAUUAAGAAGCCGCCAGCGCGAUCUGCUCCAGAGCUCGAGGACACUGAUAUUGUAAGCAAACAUUCCAAGCGUCAUUCUGUUUCUCAUCUCAGUGUAAUCGGUCUGAGCUCUGUCGACGCCAGCAUGUGUCUGAUUUUAUACUCUGCCAUAGCUUUUGCUGUUAUCGCACUGUAUAUUUAUUUUAUACGAAGGCGCCGCAGAACCGUAAGGCUUCACAUUCACACACCUUAAUCAUAACAGAAAAAUUCCCGCGACGCGUGGCGUCAGGGUACUUGUUGAUUCGAGCGAGUUCAGUUGACAUGGACAAAAGUUGUUUUCUUUUUGAUCGUUGCAAGUGACAGCGUCAAAAGCUUUCAUUGCCGGCUAAAACUUGUUGAUUCUAUAUUAAUAAUGAUUUUUAUUUAUUUAUUUAUUUGAAUGCACACUAUUUCCCAGACUAAAUCUAUUGGAGUUAUUUUUAAUUGCACCAUAUAAAGUAGUCGCAAAUCGGAAGUGAAAUUUUAACAAGAUGUAUUUUUGUAAUGGAAUUUAAAAUUUAAGAGCAGAGAUUUAAAAAAACAAAAAUUUUCAUCACAAGAUUCUGUUUGUCUGUUCAAGGAUGUACGAAACUAACUUGGUCUGAAAUCGAAGGGAGAAAGAACUUUGAUCACCUUUCAAAUUUUCCUUGAGUUUGAUUGAAUGUUGAAUUCAAAAAAGAAAAAAAAAAGAUUCCAUGAGUUGUAGCUCUAACUGUUGUAGAAUUUUACUGGCAUAACUAACCUUUCCUUUGUAACACCUUGAGCAAGGAAGCAUUUUAAGCAAAUAUUUUUAGUUGGAAAAGUGAAACGUCUCAAAGUUCGAAAUUAUCUUAAGAAGAAUGCUUCAUAUUGAAUUGUUCCAUGAAUUUUACAUUGUACAUAAUGAUAUAUUGAUGGAUAGAGUUUUAGAUUGAAUUCAAUUUUAUUCUACGUUAUCUAAAUCUUAUACGGUAAAAAUAUAAGAGCGUUUUGAAGCGCUAUUCACUGUGAUUUUACCAACACUGGAAUCAGUUAAUCAGCCCUGACAACUAGGAGCGAGCACUGCUGGUUUUAUUUGAUCACGUUCAGACGUGAACUCAGCACACCUCAAAGAAUAAAUUGUUGUAAUGAAUGAAAUAA